CCCGGGCUCCCUCCUAAUUGGCCGGCCCAGCGCCGGGGACGCGGCCGCUCCAAGGGCGCCGCAGCGGCCGCUCUAGCCGCCGUGGCGCGCUCUCGGCUCGCUGCUUCACCCGCCACCUUCCAGCGCUGUUGGCGACGAAAUGUGGCGCCUAAAGCGACUGCUGGGCCGAGCUUUUCCCUGCCUGCUGAGACCUGGCUUCCGGUGUGUGACCCCCAAGUACACUGGUCCAGAUGGGCCUCCGGCUGCAUCUUCCACCCUUCUGGUCCCUGUGCCCAGCUGUAACGGGUCUGGACCAGGCUCAGGUAGUAGAGGCCCAAGGUUCCAUGGAUGGAAGGAUGCUUUCCAAAGGAAGUCUACCGGCGUCUCCUCCGACACCCUGUGGGAUGCCGUCUCUUGGGGCACCCUGGCCGUGCUGGCCCUGCAGCUGGCUCGGCAGCUCCACUUCCGGGCGUCGCUGUCGGAGGGGCGUCAGCGAGCCGAGCUCUGCUCUUGGCGCAGCCCCCUUGACCGCCUCCUCUCGUCUCCCUUGUGGCCCUCGAACUCCGCCCUACGGAGUCACAUUCUUCCUGGCCCCGAUGGACCUGCACCCCAGCACCCUGCCCGGAGGGAUGCUGGACUGAGUGGGGGUGAGCCGCCCACCCGCUCCCAAAGCCCCUCUUCACGCAGCUCCUUGCAUGCAGCAGCAUGCCAGGAGCCCUCCGAGGAAGCCAUUUUCCUUGCAGGCCCCGGUGACACCCACUUCCUGCAUACCAGCAGUAACUCUGAGUGCCAGGCAGAACCAGACCAGCUUCUGCCUACUGGCGAAAAGCAGGAGCAAGAUGGACCCGGCUCCCUGUCCCUGGAGGAGGCUGUGAGCUCCCUUCAGCGCCUCUUCCAGCUCAGCGUUUCCAUCAUGUUCAACUUCCUGGGGACAGAGAGCAUGAAGCGAGGGGACACAGCAGCGGCCUUCUCUUACUUCCAGAAAGCAGCAGACCGGGGCUACAGCAAAGCCCAGUACAACGUGGGCCUGUGUCACGAGCACGGCAGAGGGACCCCCCGGGACCUCGGCAAGGCAGUCCUGUUUUACCGGCUGGCAGCCGACCAGGGCCACAGGCUGGCGCAGUACCGCUGUGCCCGGUGCCUGCUGCUGGAGCCCUCGCUGCAGGACCCCGAGUGCCAGGGCGCCCUGUCCCUGCUCCAGCAGGCGGCCGACUCAGGCUUGACAGAGGCCCAAGCUUUCCUCGGGGUGCUGUUCACCAAGGAGCCACACCUGGAUGCGCGGAGAGCCGUGGACUACCUGUGGCUUGCAGCCAGCAAUGGGGACGCCCAGAGCAGGUACCACUUGGGAAUUUGCUAUGAGAAGGGCCUUGGCGUGCCGCGGAGCCUGGGAGAAGCCAUUCGCACCUACCAGCAGGCAGCGGCCCUGGGACACGGACCCGCCCGGGACAGGCUUCGGACCCUCUUUUCCACGGAGCCAGCAGCCCCCGGGGCCAGUGGGCUGGUGGUCACGGGACCCAAGUCAUUCUCCAGCCCGUCACUGUGCAGCCUGAGCAGCCUGCUGGCCGGGGCCGCCCGCCUCUCGCACGCCGCCAGCACCGGGAACCUGGGCCGCCCGUGCAGAAGUGGGCCUCUGGGCACCAGCCCCUGUGGGCCUCGCCGGGCGCUGCCCACCCACCCCUGCUCCCUGGAAAGUGGCCUCGUCAGGCUGGGAUUCGGCUAAGACCUUCUCACUUCAGCCCUGAAGAGUGAGUCUGUGGGUCAGCGUAGAAGAGGCCAGUGACCCACCCACCGUCCCCAAACACCUGACACACCUGCCCAGCACAGUCGGGAAGAGGCCAGUGCACCAGGCCCUGGGUCCUGGAAACAGUGACGUGACUUGAUCCCCCGCCUCGGACCCACAUCCUUCAAGGCAGCUGAGGGGGCACCUGAAAGAAUCUCGGCGCUUCUCUGGCCCCCCCGGAGUUCCGGGGCCUUCUGAGUGACCAGGCCGGGAGGGGUUUCCAGACUCGGGGGCUCUCAUGCUCUGGUUCAUGCUGUCACCCACCCCCGGAGAGGGCGAUUACGGUCGAGCGGAGGGGAGCAGGAGAGAGGAGGUGCUGUGAUCCUUGCCGUGCGGGUGUGCCAGGGACGCAUGCGAGUCGAAUAAAGCUCUAUUGGAUUAGCUCA